CGGUGCCCUCCCCGCCAAGUGACGCCUGGCCUGCCGCCGCCGGAGCAGCCGCGGCGUCUGCUCUUGGAAAGCCCAUCGCCGGCACGUCUUUUGGAUUUUAGAGGCAGAAAGGAGAAGGGACGCGCGCGCACUCGCAGGAGAGACGCCAGCUGCCUCCGGCCAUGGGGAUCGCCUGCCUGACGGGCUGAGGAGAAGGAGUUGGGGGAGGGAGACCCCCCCUCCACAAUCGGAGCCCCCUCCCUGAAACUGCUCCCGCUUUCCCCCCCCUCCCCCGCCGUGCCUGCUGAGAGAAAACUUCGCUCCGCCUGGGAUCUGUAGUCCUGUGUGUGUGUGUGUGUGUAUGCGCGGAGAAGGGGUACAUCUUUCCUCCUCCGCCAGACGAUCGUGGUCGUGGCCUUUGCAUCGAGAGACCCUUGCCUCCCUGGAGUGCUUUUGAGAAUCCCGGAGCUCUUGCGAGUAGUUUCUGUGAGUCUUUUCUUCCCUCCGCCCGCCCGGCAAAGGUCCCCCCCCUCCUCCUCAUCUUUUCCCCUUCUUUUACCCUGUUGAGCCGCCACGGUCUCUAAGUCAGCGAGGAGCGGCGGCGCCUGCUUCCUCCGGCAGAGCUGUGGCUUCGGCGCCCCGGCCGAGGGCCACGGAUUUGUGGAAGACCCAGAGCCGCGAGACAACGGGAGGCGAGCAACGGGCCGGCGAAACUGCGCUCUCCGCCCCGCCCGCCAGAAUCCUUUGCUGGACCAAGAUGACGCCUCUGGGGCCGCCUUCGCAAGAGCCCCUUCUUUUUCUUUUUUCUUUGCGGGGGAAGGAGAGUUCACUGGGGAAGGCAGGCUUCAGUGGGAUCUAAUUAUUCCCUUCCCGGAUUGCUGUGUGCGGCCUUGGUCCGAAAGGCGUCGGAGGAGCGGUUUCUUCUGAGAUCGGGCCAAAAGGACUGUUUUAAAAAAAGUGAAAAGCAAGGAGCUCCCUACACCGCUCCGCCAGUCUUCCUGUUCCUGUGAGGAUCCGGCCGCAAGCGACAGAAAAAUCAGGGAUUAUUCAGCACUCCCUGUUUCUCAUAUAUAUAUAUAUAUACAGAGAGAGAGAGAGAGAUCUGUCAAGUACUUUGGAAGUUCUCCUCCACCCCAAGCCCGUUGCUCCAGAGUCUGGUCAGCAUGGCAGGGACUACCAACUGUUUGGAGAUAACGUGUUGUGUGAUCUUCGCUCUCCUGGGCGCCCCUCCGGUCAGAGCCCAAGAUGAUGUCUCCCCAUACUUCAAGACAGAGCCGGUGCGCAGCCAGGUCCAUUUGGAAGGGAACCGCUUGGUCCUGACUUGUAUGGCAGAAGGCAGCUGGCCCCUAGAGUUCAAAUGGCUGCAUGACAACAAAGAGCUGACCAAAUUCUCCCUGGAAUACAGGUGUUUUAUUUGAGCAAGAAUCUUUCGCUGAACAUCAGCAUGUAGAUGAAAUUCAGUGGCAAUUCUAAUCCAGAUUGCUU